GAUUAUUAAGAUUGAUUUGGCUGGUAAUGAUUAGUUCAAAACUGCAAUCAUUUGAUGCUUGGGGCUGCGAGCUUAAUCGUGUUGGGUUCUGCAGUAACAUAGCAGUAGAGUUGAGACCAUGUUUUCAUGGAAUACUUAUUGUUUCAUUCAAAAACUAGCGUGACUUAAUAGUCUUUGAAGGGAUCACCUAACUUUUUGUUUGAACAUACUUGUGUUAAGCAUAAUUUUGUGUUUCAUUCAAGAAAGUUAUUCAUGAUGUGAUACACUUUAUUUGAGGCUAGAAGGCUUGUGCUUUAGUUCCCUUCUUGCAUUGUCUCCUCUUUCUCUGCUUUCAUGGAUGCCUUUGAGCUUUAGAUGCUGGCCCUACCAUUUUAGCUAUUUUUGGGUCUUUCAAUUUCAAUUGCUUUCUUGCUGAACCUUCUAGCCAUUCUUUGGAAGUAGAAUCCUUGUCCCUUGUGUUGACUAGCUAUUAUCUUUUUUAUUCCCAUGGUUUAACAUUGCUUCGUGGUAAGAGAGACGAAUCUCUUUAGUAGUUUAGUGAAUGAGAAGUGUCGGUAAAGUGCUUGUCUGCUGUACUGCCAGGGCCCUCAAAAAGGGUGAUCAAACAGGCUUCACAGUUUACAGUUCACACUGAGCAAUUUCGUGACGGCUUGGUUAUUUCUCAGAUGUAAUUUGGUGAUGCUGGGGCUUGUUUAGUCAUCUUGGUUUGAAGAUACCAGCCAUGGGUCAUCUGAAUUAUGGAGUCUCUCUUCCUCUACUGCUCCGUCUACAACUUUUGCUGCCACUACUUCUUCCUUUUGCUAUGGCAGAUAUAGCCUCUGAGAAGCAAGCACUCCUUGAUUUUGCCUCUGCAGUCUACCGUGGCAACAAGCUCAAUUGGAGUCCAAAUAUCCCACUGUGCUCAUGGCAUGGUGUCACAUGCUCACCAGAUCGAUCACAUAUAUGGGCCCUUAGGGUACCAGGGGCUGGUUUGAUUGGUACAAUUCCAGCUAAUACUCUUGGCAGGCUUGUGUCCCUCCAAGUUUUAAGCCUGAGGUCUAAUCGUUUGAGUGGAAGUCUUCCAUUGGAUGUUGCCUUACUUCCUUCUUUACAAGCCAUAUUUCUUCAGCACAACGAACUGUUGGGAGACUUGCCUUCAUUUUUCUCUCCAAGCCUCAAUACCCUCGAUCUCUCUUACAACUCCUUUACAGGACAAAUACCAUCAGGUUUGCAAAAUCUUACCCAAUUAUCUAUCCUGAAUUUAGCAGGAAAUUCCUUGUCCGGGCCAAUCCCUGACCUCAAACUUCCAAGCCUAAGACAGCUAAAUCUGAGCAACAAUGAACUAAAUGGUUCAAUUCCUCCCUUUCUCCAAAUAUUCUCAAAUAGCUCCUUCUUAGGGAACCCUGGAUUGUGUGGGCCACCUCUAGCUGAAUGCUCCUUUCUAUCUUCACCGACACCGUCACAAGUGCCUUUGCUUCCAUCAUCGCCACAUCGUGAGAAGAAGGCAGGCAAUGGCUUGAUAAUUGCCGCUGUUGUUGGGGGCUUUGUUAUAUUUCUGCUAGCUGCUGUGAUGUUCACUACGUGCUUUUCAAAGAGGAAGGAGAAGAAAGAUGAGGUGGGUUACAACAGUAAGGUGACUGAUGGUGCCAGGAUUGAGAAGCGCAAAGAAGAUGUCAGUAGUGGUGUCCAAAUGGCUCAUAAGAACAAGCUGGUAUUCUUGGAUGGAUGCAGUUACAACUUUGACUUGGAGGAUUUACUGAGGGCUUCUGCUGAAGUUCUUGGCAAAGGGAGUUAUGGAACUGCCUACAAAGCUAUACUUGAGGAUGGCACUAUUGUGGUAGUCAAGAGGCUAAAGGAUGUUGUGGCAGGAAAGAAAGAAUUUGAGCAGCAGAUGGAGCUCAUAGGGAGGGUAGGCAAACAUGUAAACAUUGCACCUAUUCGUGCUUACUACUACUCAAAGGAUGAGAAGCUUAUUGUUUAUGAGUAUAUUGCUACUGGCAGCUUCUCAGCUCUGUUGCAUGGUAUUAAAGGAAUUUGUGAGAAGACCCCAUUAGAUUGGAAUACCAGGAUGAAGAUUAUACUUGGAAUUGCACGUGGAAUCGAGCACAUCCAUGCAGAAGGUGGCUCCAAGUUCGCCCAUGGCAAUAUCAAGUCAGCCAAUGUCCUGCUCGAUCAAGGCCACAACCCAUAUGUCUCAGACUAUGGUCUUAGUGCUUUGAUGAGCCUUCCAAUCAACACCUCCCGGGUUGUUGCUGGUUACCGAGCUCCGGAGACCUUUGAAUCCAGGAAAUUCACACACAAGUCUGACGUGUACAGCUUUGGCGUCCUUCUCAUGGAGAUGCUGACCGGCAAAGCCUCUCUCCAGUCACAGGGGCAGGAUGACGUCGUUGAUCUACCAAGAUGGGUGCAUUCUGUGGUCCGUGAGGAGUGGACCGCCGAAGUAUUUGAUGUCCAGCUGAUGAAAUAUCCGAACAUAGAGGAUGAGCUGGUCCAGAUGCUCCAUAUUGCCAUGGCGUGCACGUCGUGGUUGCCAGACCGACGCCCAACAAUGGCAGAUGUGGUUCGGAUGAUGGAGGAGCUAGGCCAGUCUGCUUCCGAGAGCUGCACUCCCUCCAAUGGCAAUCCCAGGGAGACCAAUCCUCCAUCGGUGUGAAUUUCAGUCUAUAAUUUGUGUGAUUCUGAUCCGAAAUUGGUGAAUCCAUGACAUCGAUGAUAUCCUCUAUUGGCUUUAUGUGGUCCUGAAGCUUACACAUUAGAACCACACCGGCUGUAUGAUACGGCGUUGUAUCAUUACAGUUGUAAUGUUAUUCCCUGUUCAUGUUAAAGUUGUUAUUCCCUGUUCAUGUUAAAGUUGUUAACUGGGAGAUGUUAACAUUUCUUCCUACUCGGAUGCCUACUCAGAUGUCUGGUAAUUCUCUCAUUAGAAUAUGAUGUUUGUUGACA